ACGUGGCACUGUGCCAAGCUGUCAGCCUGACUUUGGGAUUCUUUUUUUUUUCACAUCAAACGCUUCUUCUUGUCCUCCUCCUCCUCCUCCUCCUCUUCCUUCUUCUUCUUCUUCUUCUUCUUCUUCUUCUUCUCUUCCUUCUAAUUCUUUUUCUCCUCCUCGUUCGUAAACCUUGUGCAAGAUGGCAUCUUCAAGCGGGGCAGGCACUUCGAGCGGGAAGGAGGUGGCAGGUUCGGAUGAUAAAGCCACGCGCGUGAAGGAACCAUUUCAGCCACAGCCUGAGGCAAGGCAGUUGGAGCUGCGGGCGACGAAGGUGGCAUUUAGGUGGUUGACGCAGGGGCAAAUGGUCCCGCCAUUGGCGAAGGGGCAGCACAAAGUGAAGUGCAAUCUGUGCGGCGCAAAUUUGGUUGCGUCGGACACGCGUGUGUGGCCCCAUUUCACUCGGAAAACUAAUCCAUGCCCCGUGCGUUAUCCAGAGUUGCUUCACAUCCUUGCUGCGAAGGGGCAUGCGAUUGAGUGCAAGAAGACGUUGCGACUCAUCCAAUUGUAUCGCAUGGAGCACAACAUCCCCCAUGAUGGUUUGGUUCCUGCAAUUCCGGAGGUGGAGGCACAAGGGGACACAGUGGAUGCGUUCAUAGUGCCACCAACCGCACGACCGAGCAGAACGGUGCGGACUGCGGAAGUUGAUAAAGAGGAAAGAGAGGGGGUUGUGGAAGAAGGUGGUGGAAUGCUAGGAACGUCUGCGCAAGGAUCCGCUGCGGGCCAGAAAUCCGGGAACUUGACACGAACAUCGAUCAAAAGGUGGGUAACCAACGAUUCGCAACAAAGAUUGGAUGUGGCAUGGGGGAUGCACCUUUUCCGACACGACGACCCAUUCAACUACGUCAGGACGAAAGAGACACAUGACCUGCACAACUUGUACCUCGAGUUGGGAGAGAAAAGGCAGCGGGUGAAAAUGCCUUCCUUGGAGGUCAUACGAACUGUUGUGUUAGACAUCAUCUACAACAAGGUGCAGAAAGACAUGCAUCCGCUGAAAGCGAAGUGGGACAACACAGGUUGCACGCUCCUUACUGAUGGAAGCACAGAUCGAAGGUACAAACCUGUGAUGAACUUCAUCGGGGCCGACGAAAGUGGUGCGAUCCUCUUGAAGGUUGUGGAUGUGCCCGAGAAGAAGAAGAUUGCAGUUGCUUUGGCGAUGAUGUGGGACCAUAUGAUCAGGGACAUUGGGGUGCAUCGAGUUAAUGCAAUUUGCACAAACAAUGCGGAAGUCAACAAGCAAGCUGCACGGAUCCUGCGAAGGCGUACAAAUCGUGACAUAUCAAGCAUUCCAUGGGUCCCGUGCGCAACUCACUACUUGAACUUGUUGAUGAAGGAUGUCUGCGAGCUCGAGUGGGUGAAGGAAGUGGUGCAGCGCACGAAGAUGAUGGUCAAGUUCAUAAGGAAACACCAUAACACUAACAACCUUUAUACGAGGUGCUCAAACUUUCUAGGGAAUCGACCUUGAUUUUACCCACGAAGGUCUGGUUUGCUUCCGCAUACAUGAUG